AUGCCUCAGGAUUCCCUCUGCUUCCGGCGGCGGUCGUCUGUGCACCAGCAGCGUCGUUUGUCCGUCGACUUCAAGAAGAAUUCAUGGACUGCACCUCCUUCCGGGACCGUUUAUGCGGGUGUCUCGGUGUUGUUCACAGAUGAUGGACAUGCCACCAUUGCUCUGGCCGUUCGCGAUGCGACGUAUCUUCUCGAAUUCAUUCAGGAGAAGAUCACACCGAAGGAUGGCCAGAGUCUGCCCGAUGCCAUCAGCGACUUCAUCCUGAAGCAACUGGAAUCGUUUACCGAUAAGCAUCUGGAGAAAUUCAUGGGCGUCGCAAUGCCACAGCGGAUAGCAGAGAUAUGCCCGGACAUCUGUUCUCGCCUGUGGGCAGAGCUGGAUAUUAUCCCACUCGUCCUUCCCGAGGAGACUGAGCAGAGACCCGAAAAAACCAAUGUGCCUCUUCCCACGUACCCGGGUUGGGAAACCCGAUCAAUUGAUGAACAAGCAGAAUCUAUGGGGCGGAAAUGUGUCAGGUUGUUCGGCCCAGAAAACAUUCCUCUGCUCCAGGUCGGCUUUCUGGGCUUGGUGGAGGUCGAUUCCGCAUUUUAUGUUCACCUUACCAAACUGCAUGACUACCCGAAGACCGUAGGACCCCGGACCUGGGACUCCAUCAAGUACUAUGUCGACGAUCUCAAGAAGAGGAACGUCAAGGUAGCUUUCUUCAGUGCGACGCCCCAAGGAGGUGGUGUAGCCCUAAUGAGACACGCCAUGGUGAGAUUCGCUCACGCAGCUGGAAUUGAUAUCAAAUGGUAUGUGCCAAAGCCACGACCGGGUGUCUUUCGUAUCACCAAGACCAACCACAACAUCCUGCAAGGCGUGCAGAACCCGGGAGAACGGCUGACGAAAGAAGACUGGGACAAGGUCACAGACUGGAUUGAGGAGAAUGCUAAGAGAUAUUGGCUGAUCCCGGGAGGGCCCUUGCGGCACCCGUCCGAAGGAGGUGCCGAUGUCAUUAUCGCAGAUGAUCCUCAGAUGCCAGCACUGAUUGAAAUCGCCAAAAACAUGGCGCCAGAACGGCCCGUCAUCUUCCGUAGCCAUAUUCAGAUCCGGAGCGAUCUCAUCGCCCAACCUGACACUCCACAGGCAGAAGCAUGGGGCCGCAUGUGGGAGUUGAUCCAGAAGGCGGAUCUUUUCAUCUCCCAUCCGGUGAGCUCAUUCGUACCAACGAAUGUCCCCAAAGACAUUGUGGGGUACAUAGGGGCAUCGACCGACUGGCUGGACGGACUGAAUAAGAACAUGCGGGACUGGGAUGUCGCGUACUAUGGCCGCGUUUUCAAUGCAUCUUGCAGAAAUUCCGGCAUGCCCCUGAUCAACUUCCCUAAUGGUAAGACCGAUCCUCCUAUUGCAAUCUCGGACCCAGCUAUUGUUGACAUGGCUAACUUUACACUGUUAGACGAGUAUAUUGUUCAGAUUGCUCGCUUUGACCCGUCCAAGGGAAUCUUCGACGUUGUGGAUUCUUACGAAAAGUUCUACAACCGUCUGACUGCCGCGUUCCCCGACACGAAGCCCCCCAAAUUGUUGAUCUGCGGACACGGGUCUGUUGAUGACCCGGACGGGUCUCUCAUCUACGAUGCCGUCGUGUCCCACAUCGAACAUAACAUCCCCUACUUGAUUGAGAACAUCUGUGUGAUGCGACUGGGACCUUCGGAUCAGGUUCUGAACGCGCUGCUCUCCAAGGCCAAAGUGGCUCUGCAACUGUCCACGCGCGAGGGAUUCGAGGUCAAGGUUUCCGAGGCCAUUCACAAAGGCACGCCGAUCAUCGCGACCCGGGCAGGCGGCAUCCCCUUGCAGGUGGAGAACGGCAAGAAUGGUUUCCUGGUCGAUGUCGGCGACACCGAUGCAGUGGCGCAACAUUUGUUCGAUCUCUGGACGGACGACGAGCUGUACAACCGGAUAAGCCGCUAUGGAAUCAAGAACGUGUGCGACGAAGUCAGCACGGUUGGACACAGCUUGAACUGGAUCUACCUUGCGUCCAAGCUGUCGAAGCACGAGCCCGUCAAGCCGAAUGGCAGGUUCAUUAACGAUAUGGCCCGCGAGGAGGCAGGCUAUCCGUAUCUGCCUGAGGAGAACCGGCUGACCCGGGCCGUCGAGGUGAAGAACAUGGGCUGA